AUGGCAUCUUUGAAUAAUAAUACUUCUGCUUCCGGAUCAAUUAUCAAUAAUUCUGAACACUCGCCUCUGAAUGGAAAUGACAGAGGAGGAAACCUUCUUACAACUCAGCAUAAGUUAACACGAGCGGAAAUUGUGCAUGGCUUAGCUAAUCGUAUUCUUUAUUCGAGAUUUUACACUUGGCUAUAUUUGGGAAUGGCAGCACUUUGUGCAGUGUCGAUAGUAUUGUCGAUUAAAGAAAAAUGCCCUUCGAUAUGGUUUAUCAUUUUGGAGGUUAUAAUUAAUUUUGCCAUGAUCGCUGAAGUAACAACGCGGUUUUUCGCGUUAAAACAAUUAUUUUGGAAAUCUAUUUAUAAUAUUGUGGAUAUAAUUCUUGUAUGUCUCUGUGUUUUAACUUUGAUCUUCAUUCUGGUGGGUGGCUGUUCAUCCGGUUGGAAAUCAGAGGAGCUGUUGGAUACAUUUUUACUUGUGGCUAGAAAUUUAGUUCAGUUUUGUAGAUUGAUUGUAAUUUUGAGAAAGAAUAAAAAGAAUAGAUCAGCUCGAAAUGCUAGAAUUGAUUUUUCUGAUGUUCGACCUCCAAGCAUAUCAAUAGACUUUGAAUCAGCAUCCAAUAACGCUUUCUCUGCGGUUUCCGAUGACGAAGAUGAUCUCUUAUGA